AUUGUCCCAUGUCGAGCCCGAGUCGACAGAUUUUCUUCUUCUUCGGCCGGACCAGCCGCUCGCUGGCUCUCUGGCUCUCUCUGCUGCAGUGCUGCCAGCCUGCCGGGCGAAUUCGCUAUCAGUUCCAAGACAUCCAAUCCAAUCCCAUCCUACUCAUCCCACCACCACCCUCAAAAUGGCGUUGGUCCAUGCCAUCCACACCCAAAAAGAAAAAGGCCCCAACACCCAACCACCACCACGAACCCAGUCAGUCCAGUCGUGCCAGUUCCAACACCACCAAGUUGGGUUACCAGCACACCUUCAGGUUUUUUUUCGGGGGCUUCACAGAGUGACGCCAGAGACACAGCAUCUUGCAGAAUCGACAAUCAGCAACCUCGAGGUCUGAAGCAAUGUCACCACUCCGUUUGCCAAGGUCCGGCGCGCCUAACCCCGAGAAACUCUGAUAUCGAAAAAUUGUCGGAAAGGCAAAUGUGAAAGAGUGCGAGGUGAGAGCGUCAGAGAGAUACCUAUGCGACCUCACCUAACCUACCUCCUCUCACAUCUCAUCUCUCUCUAUUCGUAGAACUAGGACACGAAAGAUAUGUACGCAAUCCAUGGCCUGUGCAUCGCCAAUAGCUCCCUUCUGAUUGCUUGCCGGCAAAGAGCUGCGACGAAUGACGACUCUUCGAAACUGAUGGCAUCAAAGACCAUCGCAUCUAGACAGACGCCAAAAAAACAAUAGAUGAUGGUUCGGAGAAAGAAUCUGGGCCCAGGCCGUCGAUUGGAGACCGGGGGGCCAGGGACGGCUCUAGGCUACGCUACCUACCACUACUAGGGGGGAUGGGGGGAGCCUGGGAGGAGGCUAGGGAGCAAGUCACAUCCAUGAUGCAUUGGGUCACGUCGCGUUGGAUCGGAUCCUGACACUCGACUCACUGACAAGGACCCCUCCACCAGGCUGUGUACCCCACCACCCCCUUUGGUCUGGGCAAGGUCACAGUCUGUCAGUCUCUCACUCUCUCACUCUGUUCAGUCUUUGCUCCCCCCACCCACCCACUCUCCGGCCGGGCCAAGAACCCCGUCCGUUGGUCCCAGACGCUGGCAGCACGCUCGCCGCCUUGUUUGGGCUUGACAAGCCAUGGCGGCGGUCCCGCCAGUCAUGAUUGGCGUUCCCAUGGUUCCGCCUUAUCGAGCCUGUGAGAAGCUCCGGAGACACGGUGACACGGGUGACACGCGCACUCGGCGAGGGGGGACCCUUAUCAGAAAUCUGCAAGACGGCGGGUGCGGAUUUGCGGCUUGCCCUGCUUCUUGCAGUAGCUGUUACUGCUUGCUGCAAUCCUUCCCACCGACCAGCCCUUGCCAUCACCAUCCUCGGUUCUGCUGAUCCCAACAGUACGCCGCACGCGCGACACUGGCGCUGGCGCGAGAAGCACGUCGACCGGGGGGUUGUAUGUCAGUAUGUGUCUGGGAGAGAGACAGUAGAACAGAGGGUAAGGAAGAAAGAGGCGGAGAGACAUGGAGGAAGAGAGAGAGAGAGAGAGAGUGUGUGUGUGUGUGCGUCUCCAUGUAUCUCUUGCAAAUGCAUCCAACCACUGGCGUCACCGCGGAAAGAGAUAGACAGGAGAGAGGAGCCAAGAGAGGGCAGAAACAACCAACCAGUGGUGCCAUCCGACCCGAUGAUACGGAUAUUAGGGUUGAUAUGGCGGUAACAUGUGGUAUACCUCACCUCUAGCUCACCCACAUGCAUCAAGCCACCAACAAAAAAAAACCGGCGCAGCAUGAAAGGAGAUACCUACAUGACACUUCCAGGUUGGGUUGGGGGGUGAGGUUUCCAGAGUGACGGUCAUGGUCUCCUGGUUAAGAAUCAUAAGAGACAGAGGGGAAAAGAAGAGUAGCAAUACCUAUUACCAGCAAGCAGCCCCGGUUCGAGCUGAAGGGAAAGAGACCCAAAGUAGCUUGGCUGUGCCGUACGUCUAACGUCUAGCGGCGGAGGUACUUCGUUUCGAAGCUUGGUUUGAAGGAGGUUCCCAUUCGCACGCGCACACGACGACAAUCUUUCUCUUUUUUUUGCCCGUCUUCCAUGCCCAUCCUGAUUCCCCAUCCAUCCCAUCCCAUGCUCCAUGCUCCAUGCUCGUUGCUCAUUGAUCAGUGCUCGCAGCUCUCUCUCAUCCAUCCCCGGGCCUGUCCAGCCCACGCCUACCGAUCCUACUUAACCAAAGUCCACCCACUCUUCAAAAUUUUCCUUCUUUCUGCAGAUUUUUAAGGUCCCAAGCCUUUUUCUUUUUCAUUUCCCACUUAUUAGUCUUCCCAUCUUGCUGGACGAAGGAACGGGGGUCAGGUAACAAAAGUGACAAAUACCACGAGACCCUUCUUACUCUCUAUUUAAUCCUUUUUCCGAGCUUUGUUUCUUUCCCUCUUCCCCCGGGCUUCUUUCUUCAUCAAGCCCCCUUCACCAGCCACUUUUGGGACGGGAUCCCCGACGACGGGUGCGCGGGCGAUUCAUCUUACAGAUACCUGUCUGUGUGCAAGUCCAACGGCCGACUCAAAACCAACAGACACAGUCCAAGACCCAGGCACCACAGACCUUGACCAGACCAACCUUACCGGCGAUAAACCACCAUACUACUAAUACCCAAGGGCAUAACGCAACGGCCACCAACAACUCUGUUCCCUGGACAUUCCAGCCACCCCCAACGCCAACGCCAAAGACACGAACGAACGACGUAUUGGGGACCUUUGGACGACGACCUGGCCAACCCCGGAGGAUAUAUAGACGAUAGACGGAACCCAUCGAUCCAUGUUGCAGCCCCUCCUCCCGUGACAGGGUCCUCUCUCUUCUUUCCACUCUACGACCUCACGAGACCACCAUCCAUCUUGAGCUUCGCGGCGGCGCUUACCAUCGUCUGUCGCCAGCUGCCGCCACUAAGAAUUCAACCAGCCCCAACUCUCCAAUUUCCAACCACCCCCGAGCCGGCGUCUUUUAUUCCCUGUUACCGGCGGUUCUCCCUAGUCUUGACGGCAAACCCGCCCCCGACAAGACGAGACGUAUCCGUACAAUUGCCCACCUAAUAAGCGAUCGAUUUCUCCUUCCAGGACCGGACAGCCAGCAACCAAACUGGGUCAUCAAGUCGACUAGACCAACGGGCCAAUAAGAUGGAUUCACCACACCACAUGGGCAUUCGCGAGCUCAAUGUGAGCAACUGGCACUCUCACAAUGCCCUUACCGAUACCUUCAAUCAUGCGGUCCCCGCCAUCAAGACAAGCGCAGCCUUCUUCACAUUUCUCCGCGCCAACUUGGUCCUGAACCCAUCCGCCAUGUCAUCCAACACCAACACGCCCGUCCUCCAGCCUACGGUGGCUUCCAACACCCACCGCCCGGCAGCCCCGUCUCCGCUGGCAACAUCUCAGACCCUCGACCCCUUUGACGACAUCCCUCCUCUGUCGCUCGAGGUCCUCUCCACCCGCGAGGACAAGGCCGAAGCCCUCCACCUCGUAGCAGACUCCAUCGCCCAGCAGCGCCAACAGGCCGCCUACUCACUCGUCUUCCACCCCGUCCCGCUCGCAGGCCUCACAGCCACCCUCGGCGUCGCCUACCAGUACUCCUACGCCCGCCAAGGCGACAUUGGCCUAGCCUUCACCCUCUUCAGCGGCGUCAUCAUGACCUACCUCCUCGCCAUCCGCUGGGCGACGAGCGGCUACCUGCCCCUCGCCGAGCAAAUGUCCUGGUCCUUCAUCCGGCCCCACCCAGACGCCUCCGCCGACGAAGAGGACCUCGUCCUCGGCACCCGCUUCGGCAACGAGCUCGUCGGCGCCUUAGUGCUCCACCUCGAGCCCGCGAGCCCGGCCGUCGCCUCUACCUUUAGCAGCCGGCGCCGCAACAAGGCCUCGAGCUUCCGCGGCGGAAAGGGCAUCAUCCGCGCCUGGACGACGAAGCUCCGGUACCGCGGUAAAGGCGUCGGCACCGACAUGCUCGACGAGGCGGUCCGAAUCACGCGCGAGCGGUGCGGAAAGGACGCAGAGGUCGGCUUCGCGCUCGAGCACGCCAAUAGCCGCAUGGUCAUGCCCGAGUUCUUCAACGGCGUGUUUAGGAAGCGCGAGCGCUGGGCCGCCAAGACGCUCGACGGCGUGUUGGCUGAGCGGGAGCUCACCAAGAAGAAGAGGUGAAGACCGUCGUCCUCGAUUCCACAUCAUCUACAAAAACAAACAGACAUUUGUUCUAUCUCGUGUUGCUACUACCCAUUUAUUCGCAACCUUUGGUGUGUUCGCGCGUGCGUGUGUGUUUUUCUGUUGCUCCCUCUUUUCGGACAACUGGGCGGGGACGGUCCUUGGAAAUUGGUUACAAAUAUACCCUAGAGCUGUGGGAAACGACGGGCCAGGUGUCAUUGACACGUUACUGGUGUAGGAUCCCGCGGGCAUCUCUUUUAUCUUUUGGUUGUCUCAUCUUUUUCAAACGAUACCCCUCGUUAUAUCAAACGGCUUGUUUAAACUGGGCGCAUCGGGUGGCGCGAUUAUACAAUUUGUAUAGAGAAGACAGAUUUGGGGAAAGGGAGUCAAGAGUUCUUCGUGGUUACACACCCCCCUUUCCGUUAAAGAGCGUGGAGACGUGGACAUGGCAAAGAAGAUAUUACUAGAAGUGCAGCUUGGGGAAGAGGGAAAGAGUGGGAGGAGAGGUCCUCGUAGAUCAUGCGUUCCCCUUUCCCUCCUGCUGCCUAACAUAAACCCUUCGUUUGGCAAACGUAUCUAUCCGUUUACAAUUUUCUUGGACCG